CUGGUUAUCUCUGGGUGGACGCUCAAAACCAGAGGCUGCUUUGGAAAUGUAGGCCUUACCCAUUCUGUGCCUCGCUCUCCCCGUCUGUACAGUGGAGAUAGCAACACUCCCCUGCUUCGCCCAGAGACGCUGCGAGGAUGGAUUCAUUAAUGUUUGUCAGGUGCCCAGAUACUGUGGUGAUGGGCACCCCAAAAAUGCCUAUAAGUAAAUACACACAUCAAUAAAAUACGUUAGGACACAACUCCUCAUUUGGACUCUUGCACCAGCUUAGACACCGCGUUAUCCAGCUUGAGUAGAGCCAUUCUGAGUGCCAAUGGAAGUGCCAUUCUGAGUGUCUAAAUGCAGGCCUGGGCCCCACUCCCUAGCUGCCAGAGGAUGAAAUUGGGUUCAUGGUUCAGCUUUUCUUACAGUUUGUGUAUCUUGCUGUUCUACAGGUGGACCUUCAAAGGCAAGUUCUCAUCACAGGGAUACAAACGCAGGGAGCCAAGCAGUUGAUGAAGUCCUUGUAUGUCAAAGAAUUCUUUAUGACUUACAGCAAGGACAAACGGAAGUGGAUCACCUUCAUAGGAAACAGCACUGGGGGACAGAAGUUGUUUGAAGGUAAUUCAGAUGCCCAUGGGAUAAAAGACAACCAUAUUGAGCCACCUAUCAUUGCUAGGUAUAUUAGGGUUUAUCCAAUUGAUUCCUACAACAGGCCUACUCUUCGCAUGGAACUCCUGGGCUGCGAAGUCGAAGGUUGCUCUCUGCCACUGGGAAUGGAAAAUGGGGAGAUCAAGAAUGCUCAGAUUACAGCUUCUUCUUAUAAGAAAUCCUGGUAUAACUCAUGGGAGCCUUCCCUCGCGCGUCUCAAUCAGCAAGGGAGGUUAAAUGCCUGGCAAGCGAAGUCAAACAACAACCAGCAGUGGCUGCAGAUUGAUCUCCUCAAAGCGAAGAAGAUAACCGCUAUCACAACCCAGGGUUGCAAGUCCAUGUCUACGGAGCAGUUUGUGAAAACCUACGCCAUCCUUUACAGCAAUGAAGGCACAGAAUGGAAACCUUAUAUGGAUGACUCCACUUCAGUGGGAAAGGUAUUUGUGGGGAAUGAGAACAGCAGCGGACAGGUCAAGCAUUUCUUAAAUCCACCCAUAUUUUCCAGGUUCAUCCGCAUUGUUCCUAAAACCUGGAAUCGAAGCAUUGCUCUUCGGGUAGAACUCUUUGGCUGUGAUCUUUCCUAGGUCCUGGACGCACAGAGUACACAUGAACAAAGGAUUGCCAAGUCUGGGAGCUUUACACCUUUGAGCAGUCACUAUGCAGAACUACAUUUUUUUUAAACUCUUGGAGUGGUCAUAUUUAGUCCUUCUGAAGUGCCUUUCCUCCAAGGAUCUUGGUGUUUUGCCAACGUGAAUUAAGAGAUUUCAUUGGCAGAUAUUUCAUUCAUAUAAAUGUACAUUAAGGAUACAACGGCACAGCAGCUGGGAGGGCGCUUCCCAGAGCAGGUGGGUAGACACGUGCUUGCUCUGCUUGACCUUGUGUGCUCAAGCAGCAGCGUGGGCGGCAGCUCAGGCUGGCCAACCGCAUAUGGACGCAGAGGUCAGGUGGGAUUGUUCUCAGGUGGCUAGCCCGAGCCGCAAUAGCCAUACUGCUAUUUUUAGCACGCAGGCUGGAGCAGAGCUAGCAUGUGUCUGUUUACCUGCACCGACCCAGCUGCAAUGUAGACCCACCCUUAAAAAGAGAAAGUAACAAAUAUCAAAUCCACAAAGCAUGCAAGUUUGACAUGCCCCUUUCAUGGGAAUCUGUGCACCCAAACGCAUUCCCUCCAUUUCUUUACCACUGUCUUCUUCCCCUAGUCACCCACAAUGGUCUGUUCUCUUUUUGUCCUGGUCCUGACCUAAUUUUAGAUUAAAUCUCUUGAGGGCAGGGACCUUGGGCUUAAUCCUGAGCCCAGAUUUGCUCUCUUUGUAACCCUCUCACUGCUGAAAGCUAUCAGAUGUCUCUCCCUAGACAUUCCCCUUGAAGGGGGAGUCCCCAGUACACACAAAAGCCCUGUCUACACCACCGUCCAGUAGCUGCUGGUGUUGGGGCUGGGAAGCGGGUGUGAUGCUGCACUCCAGCAAUCCCUGGCUGGUAGGUGGUCCCUUGGAGGGUCAUAGCCAGCCAGUGUAGAGAAGAGAGGCCUCCACUCUGCUCUGAUCUCUGGUGGGGCUGACAUAGAAGUGGCCUCUCAAGAUCUGCAACCCCUUCUCUGAGAAUCUAGGGCCCUCAUCUUUAUAUUUGCUUUUUAAACAUCAUGCAUGCCUCUGACUCUAUAUAUCAUAAAUAACCAUUAAUCUUCUCUGCACCCCUGGGUGGGGAUCAACAGUAUCUUUAUAGGUGGUAGGAAAGAGGCAUAGAGAGAGACAGUGAUUUACUCAAGAUCAUGGCAGGUCAGUGGUAGAUCCGGAAAUAGGAUUUGUGGCUUCCAGUCCUAUGCUCUCUAACCCCUAGAAGCUAGGCAAUGCUCUUUUGUUAUCCCUACUGGAAGAAACAAGCCUUCUUGGCUGUUGAUGAGAAACAGAACCUGAUGGUAAUAAAAUAUUAGAUAACACUAUGGUAAGGACACCUACACCUUGUCUAUGCUACAGCAUUUGACAACAUUAUCGCUGGUGGAGCUGCUGAUGUGCAGAAAACAUUUAUGGAUUUUCUCAGGAUGGAUGCACUCAGUGAGAAUAUAUUCACUAUCCCUGAAUAUAUCUUUUCAGCAGAGUUUUAGCUAAGCUUUCAGUACUGUCCUAGGCUCCAGUCUUGUCAGCAGAGGACUCCCUCUGCUCACAGGGGUCCUCAUGGCCUGGGGCGGAAUAUCAUCAAGAACCCAGGGCCACGUUUUGGUCUAUAACCUUAUAAAGUGUUGUCUCAAGCUGUUUCAAGAGAAUUAGAGUUCUUAUAUCAAAAAAUGUAUGUAUUUCCAAGUAAAGAUGUAUAAAAAAAGUGAAAUAAAAUUUAAAAACCUCAA